GGGCCCAUUGUUUUCUGGGGGGCGGAGCCGCUUGUGCUGUUUCUGCUGCGGAUGGAGCCGGAGGCGCUGGCCGGGGUGGAUGGCGGGUCUGCUCCUGGCCCCAUGGGGGUUCCCCCAGUGCUCUCAGUGUCGCAGCGCCGGGCCGAGCUCCGGCGGAGGAAGCUGCUGCUGAACUCGGAGGAGAGGAUCAACCGCAUCAUGGGCUUCCACCGGCCGGGCGGGGUGAAGGAUGAUGAAAGUCACACAGAAUCAAAACUUCAACAUGAGCAAGAUAAAUCGAACUCCCUCCCUAUUCCUGCAGUUUCAAAGCGAAUUGUGCUUGGUGAUUCUGUCUGUAAUUUGGCAGGAACAUCUGACCACACAAGUGGCAUUAUAGAGCUCAAGGGAGAUAAAAAGGACUUGUUCAGUAAAACUCCUGAGCUUGGUAACGAUGGUACCAGUGAGCUCCGGCAUCGUAGCAGAGGGGAUCUGGCAUCAGAAGCUUCACAGAGAGCACCUCGACAUGGAUUAGAUCAAUACUUAUCAAGAUUUGAUGAAGCUAUGAAGCUAAGAAACCAGCUGAUGAAUGAGAAGCCUAGUCAGGAGAAUGGGAAUGCAGUGGAGGAAUUUGAUUCUUUUCGCAUUUUUAGAUUGGUGGGAUGUGCGCUUCUUGCCAUAGGAGUUAGGGCUUUUGUGUGCAAGUACUUGUCAAUAUUUGCACCAUUUCUUACUCUACAACUUGCAUAUAUGGGACUGUCCAAAUAUUUUCCAAAGAGUGAAAAGAAGAUGAAAACUACGGUAUUAACUGCUGCUCUUUUACUGUCAGGAAUCCCUGCAGAAGUGAUUAGUCGCUCCAUGGAUACCUAUAGCAAAAUGGGAGACAUUUUCACAGAUCUCUGUGUUUAUUUCUUUACUUUUAUCUUCUGCCAUGAACUGCUUGUUUUUUUUGGUUCUGAAGUGCCGUGAUGGCUGUAGAACUCAAUACAGUAGUUACACAAAA